AUGUGGGGAGCGCUUCGAGAGGGUUCGGGCGAUGGAUCUCCUCGAGUGAGUAUUCAGAGCCUGGUGACGCUCCUCUCGCGUCUGGAUGACCUUCGUGUCCCCGCCAGCGUUGCCCGAGCGGGUGGUGGGCAGACAGAGGAACAGAUUCGAGGCUACCUGGAGGAUCUGGUGCGCCGGGAUGUUGGCUUGUUCCUGGAGCGGCACGGUCAUCACCUCGGAGCCGAGCAUCUCGCUCUGUUCCAUCACCUGCGGGGCGAUUACGAGGUUAACUUUCACCUUGAGCGCCUCACCGCGGCCGUGUGCCCGUCCCCGGCUCAGCUAUCGGCGCAGCACUCCCGCGCAAGCAACCGCAGGCUGGCUCAGAUGCGACGGCUGGAAAGCGAAGGCUACUUCCACGAGGACAACAUGCGUCGGAGGGAGCCUCUGCUUUACGAGACGUACGUCGGCGCGCCUCUAGUUGAACCCAUCAGGUGUGGAGACGCGGGCGAGGAUGGGGACGGGGCGGCAUGCCUGGCCGGCGGCGUGAGCCACGCGGUGUCCAUGGCUAUGCUGGAGAAGGAGGACGAGCGGGCGGCGGCGGAGCGACUGAGUGCACAGCGAAAGGAGCUCGAGGCUCGAGAGGAGACGGAGGAGGAGGCUGACAGCGACGGUGGCGACGAAGGGCCGCCCCGCGGUGGGUCCAUCCGUGCUCCCGGGGUGGUUCCGGCUCGUGGACCCGGCUGGCGUCUCGCCGGUGGCGGGCUCGGUGGCAGGGCAACCGCCGAGGAGCUCAGCCGCGCCAGGCUGGAGGGGUGGGGCGGAGGGCCCGGGAGAGGAGACGACGCAGACGAGGAAACACGACCGGACGUCGAGCUCGAGCGGGAGGCUCAUCGGGAGGAGGACGGUCGACGGGAGGCGAUCAGAGCCGAGAACGAUCCGGAUCGUGACGCGAGGCUCGCGGAGUUUGGCCGCGUGAUGCGCGAGAGGUUCCUCAGCGGUGAGGACGGGGAGCACGUGGACUACGCCGCGAUGGACGCUGAUGAAUCGUUGGAUGAUACGUGGAGGAAAGAGGCUGCGCAGGACGCGGAGGAUGCUUACUUUGACGCUCCGUCUCCUUCACCUUCGGAGGAGUGA